GCCAGAAUUAAAGAUUUGCUUCGUAGUUUUCCAUUUGCUCCUUCCUGUGAUGGUACUUUGUUUCCCGGGUAAAGCAUGGCUUUACAAAGUAGUUGUGAGAGAAUUACGAAGUGGGCUCCUUGUUCGUCGCAGCCAGAAGCAAGUCGAAGACCACGGAAGUGGGCUCCAGGUCCUCCAUCUCAAUUAUGAGGUGAUUGUCAUUCGUUGCAGCUACACGAACACGACCACUGGAACCGCCAAUAAAUAAAUGUAUGCCCGGGCAGUAGCAGGCUAGCGAGCCUGUGAGUCUAGGCUGAGGCUGGACGGGCGAUAUUUUAUACAUGUCCGAGCCUCGCCCUUUUCCGGUAGCCAGGACAAGAUGUUUGUGAGGGUGAACCUCUUCCCGGUCUGGGUUGAAGUUUAUUUCCUUUCUCUCUUAUCCUCAGGGAGUAACGCCCCUGCCGAUGGUAGUAAGUCUGGUCCAUCCGCCUCAGGAAAGUGUCUUUUAUCCGCUUGUCGGAAAGUCUGGUCCAUCCGCCUCAGGAAAGUUUUUUCAUCCGCUUGUCGGAAAGUCUGGUCCAUCCGCCUCAGGAAAGUGUUUUUAUCCGCUUGUCGGAAAGUCUGGUCUCAUCCGCUUGGCGGAAAGUUUGGCGAUCCGAUUGGCGGAAAGUUUGGUCUCAUCCGCUUGUCGGAAAGUUUGGUCUCAUCCGCUUUGCGGAGAGUUUGGUUAUCCGCUUGUCGGAAAGUCUGGUCAAAUCCGCUUUGCGGGAAGUUUGGUUUAUCCGCUUGGCGGAAAGUUUGGUCGCAUCCGCAUGUCGGAAAGUCUGGUCUCAUUCCGCUUGGCGGAAAGUUUGAUCUCAUCCGCUCGGCGGAAAGUUUAGCCCAAUCCGCUUUGCGGACAGUUUUGGGCAUCUCUGGUUUAUCCGUUGUGCGGACAAUGUUGGCAGCCCUGAUUGUAUUCUCGUUGACGUUGGCGAUAGCAGCGAGAGUACGGAAUCAUGCGGUCUCGCCUUGCUUUGGGAAGGAGGGUCGUUUGGCACUGGCGGUUCGAACCCGUUACCCUUGCGAACUUUUUCCGUCCCAAGCCAAGGCCCUUGGCUUUCUUUGGUGGUUUGUCCUUCGAUCCUCUGAUCCCAUUGCAACGCGAGGCCGCAAGGCUAUCGGUUUUCGUCCGCUCGAAGCUUUCCACUUCGGGUACAUGCCACUGGUCGGUCCGUCGUCAUCGCUACGCCUUCGUCUAUGGGGCGCACCGGUUUCCCAAAUUCAUCGUCUGGCCGCAGGCGUCGCGCCGGGUUCUUUGGGCUGCUUCGGCGUACCGGCCUCCGCCGGUGGGGUAGGUGCUUCCAGGGCGCCUCCUCGUGCGACGCAGUGGGAGAUGCUCCCAUCGAGCGAUCAUCCAUAGGGUGAUCCUUCCGCGGUGACUGAAUAAAAUAAGCAUGGUCUGACAGCACGGUUUGUGAGCAAAACCAAAAGCAAGAGCCAAACUCGUGAUCGUGAUCGAUACUGAGGAAAAAAAACGACAAAUCUUUCCAUGGGAUCAUCCAAGGUGACGAAGCAUCCGCUUGAGGCGGCCGCCAGCCUGCAGGAUUUGAAGAAGAAGAGCAAGUUGCUCAGUAUCCGGUUUCAGGCCCCAGAGCUCGAUCUAGAUGUCGGCGUUGCGGUGCGCUUAGGAACCUCGACGGGCAGCAGCCUGGGGAGUAGCUGUAGCUCCUCGUCGGAGAAUUUUACCGCUGUCCCCUGCAUGGCGGCAGAUCUGAUAACUAAUGCCACGAAUACACUACACGAGUAUUUCCCCAGUCACUCUUCUGCCCACGGGGAGGACCGAGUGACCGUGUACGCGAAAAGGCCGCACCGGAGCGAGCUGCGGGUCCGGGCGAGGGGCAGCUUUCAAGACGGGGGGAGCUCCAGCUCCACUUUUCCCGCUACGAGGUUGUACGACGAGGCAGGCGACGAAGAGGAGGAGGACGGGGCAGGCGCAGAAACCUAUGCCCGGUCCGUCCGGCACUUGAUUUCAAAACUUGAAGAGUCCCGGAAAGUUGCCGCUCUCAAAGACGCGUAAUACAAACAUUGAAGUGCAUUCAUUUUCCGUUGUGAUGAUCAUUUGGCUCAUCAUCGUUCUUGUUGUGCGUCAGAUCCUAUGUAGAAUCGGCUGAUAUGAUUAUAAACGCGGAAAGUCAAACACAAAAUGAAAAAGAAACACAGUUGUGCCGUAUCGCGAAAUAUCAAAUUCUAGGUAUGUGGAGGUCGUGGCCGAGAAGUACACCGAGGCAGUGAAAAAGUUGACCAAUUUUCGCCAAGAAGCGCUAAAAGAAAUCGCAAAUUUACGCAACCAGCUCGCGAUGGCCCGGAAAGAUGGGACGACGUACCAGCACAGAAGCGUAACCUUUCUUGACGACGCCGAGAUCGAAAAGUAUCGGUUUCUAGUUUUUGUCUACUUGAUGUUACGUUUUUCUAUUUGAUUGUCGUACUGCAGAGAUCGUGCUAGCCUCAGCCGCAGACCAAGUGUCACUGUGUAUCGUUGCUUGUAUUGAGGUUGAACUUCUGCUCCGGUUGGCGUCUGGCUCGCGUUAACAGUACCAAGUGCAUAACGUACUUCUGCAUCGUUCUACUCUUUUCGCUUGCCGCUUAUUUGUUGCAACAAAAAUCGAUCAGUAAGUACGGAGUCCCGGGCUGGCAGACCAUUGUUGACCAAGCAAUCGCACGCUGGGAGGGCGAGCAGUCUAUGAUACCGAAAAAAGGUGGUUGCACAAAAAACGCGUUUCAUUUAUUUUUGUUUGAAAGUAGGGCUGGUGAACCUAAGCAACCGAGGACCUCUACUACGCAGCAAGAGUUAAACUUGUAGUUUUUGUAGAUCGACGGUAUUAAUCAAUAGAAAUGUAGCACAAGGGAUUGUUACUGCUUGUGAUUGUAGUGGUCAAGUAUGAAAUACCAAUGCAAAUGCGUACUGAACAGUACUAGAGUAAGUUGGAGUGGCAAGUCGAAUUGAUCGAAAGGCUACAUCACCAUUAAUAUGUCGCGCGACGUUACUAGUACUAGUUUGCACCCACCGACCGUUUUAUUGCAUACUGGUAAAGGAGUUUGCGUUCUCGAAGCUGUUGAAACCACAGACGGAAAACGAGAAGAAACUCCAAUUGGUCACCAGCACAACAACUGGCACGGGACCCGCGCCCCCUCCCGCAAGAAUUAGCAAUGACAAGGACUUUCACGUGCAUCGCAAUCCGAAUAUGAUUCUGGAUUCCGCCACAGAAGUGCAAAAGGUGCAGGAAAUGCAGCAGGGAGAGUACUUCGAGUACCACAAAAUCGUGUCAAAGCCCGAGCCGGAGCCGCCGCUCCCGCUGUUUUUGCCGUCGCCCAAGCGCAACCGCGCAAACGCGAUCUGCGACCUGGAAUCGCUGGAAAAGCAGCGGAGGCAUUCGGUGCACGCCGCGGAUCUGCCGAAGCCGAGCGCUUUCGGGGACAUGCGCGUCGAAGAGACGGAAGGAGACGUAGAAAAGAAGAAAACGGAAACAACGCGGACGAGCGGACUCAACCUAGUGUCGUCGACGACAACGACGUAUCAGCGUUCUUUUUUUUAUUUGUGACUUGUUUUCAUUUUUUUGUCACUGACUCAUGCUCAUCACUGCUCUUCCUUUGUUUUUGAGAUACGGGCGGCUGAAGAGCCUCAAGCGAUCCAACAGAUUGAGUUAAUGAAUGAAGAAGCCUGAGCGAGAUAUGUUAAUGUUUGAUGAACCUAAUUUGAAAACUGAAUUACUUGAAACAUCAGGCAGCCAUCCACGCGCGCGACGAGUGGGGCGCGCACUCCUGUCAGGCACACCACGUUUCUUAUGGCGAGAAAAAUUAUACAAUUUAGCAUUGCUUUUUCUCCAUCGCGAGCCGCCACUCUUGCUUCGAUAUGCAUUUGGAUUUGCAACACCCUCGUCUUGUCAGAUCCUUGUCUCCAGCUGGUCAUUUAUUUCACUGCAAGUAGUUCUUGUAAAUUAAAAUUUGAGACGAGUGGCAUCAAAAACCGUAGCAGAGAUCGCAUGCUGAAAAUUACGGUGAUACUGUUUACCGGUGGGAGCCCGCCGCGGUCGCCAGCUUCAAGUGUCGCCUCUGUCCCGCUGUUCGAACGGAUGGUAAAGAAAAUGAUCGUAGCUAUAGUGAGGUUAUCCAGUGCAAAAGUAUCGUACUCGUAUAAAUCCUCCCCGAUUUUGAUCCAUGAUAAAACUUAGAAGCUGGUGGGAAGUUGUUGAGAAGUAGGUGGAUAAGUGGGUGAGAAGUCCGCGGCGAAGUUGGUUUGGAAGCCGGUGAGAGGUGGCCGGGUGUGUUGGCGUCGCCAUCGCCUCGGCCGAGUGGCGUGGCACGUCACUCCACCGCCGCGAGUUCUACCGCCUUCGCUGCCUGCAGCUGCAGCUGCAAGGGCUGGAAGGAGAGUUUGCGCUGCAGAUAAAUAGACAGACGCCCAGUGUCAUUGUUUCCAUUCAUCUGCGGCGCAGUUCGACCAGUUGGCAUCACGGCACCAUGCGCGAAGACUUAGAGAAGAUGUAUCAAAAGGCGCAUCUGUGAUGGCUGCACGCAAAGACGCAAGCACCACAGACGAAAUAAAGCUGCGCGCGACGUUGUGGAGCCGGGGCUGGACGCCGCAGGAGCUAACUAAUCCAUUAAUGAGCUAGCUAAUUGCUUAGUUAACUCAUUAACCUCGCCAGCGCCCUUGCUUUUCUUUCGGAUAAAAACGCAGCUUCGCGUGACACCUACACAAAGUAAAGCCUUUUUUUCUCCGCAGCUUUUCAACAAGUUUUCCUCAAGUUCUCAACAACUUCUCAACAACUUCUCGGACAAGAUAUAAAUCAAAUUCUUUAACUUCGCAGACGCCCUUGCUUUUCUUGUGGUAAAAAACGCAAGUUUGCGUGUAUCCUACACAGUUUGCGGCGUUUUUUGCUCUGCAGCUUCUCAACAACUUCUCAACAACUUCUCGACCAACAUAUCUAAGAUAUUUGGCGAGAAGUUGCUGAGAAGUUGUCGUGAAAUUCAUUUCCUAGAGAAUGCUCUGCUUUUCCCAAAAGACCAUUCUUUAAGAGUUGUCUUUUGGGAAAAGCUAGAGAAGGCUUUGGGCUUCUAAGAGUCUUAGAAGCCCAAAGCCUUUCUGCAAAAGCAGGCUUUGGAGCUCCCACAGCGCUCACAUUUGCGCGGAGGCGCGACCAAAGUAAGUAUGCACAGCCAAACUGAUUCGCGACUGCGCACGCGGCCACGAAUCGAGAUCCGGCAAACUCGUGAGACACCAGCCAAAGGCUGGUAGAGAAUUUGGCGCGCCUAAAGUAAGCUCAAAUCCGUGCCAACUCCCCGAACAAACCCACCCGCCGACUCCCGCCAACUUCUCAACAGCUGGGAAGUUGGUGAAAAGAUUGGGGAGAAGAUGGUGAGAAGUUGGCGGGAAGUUGGUUGGAAGUACGUGAGAAGUUGCCGAGAUGUUUUAUGCAUAACAGAGCGAGAUUUAUACGAGUGCGAUACUUUUGCACAGGAUAGAGGUUCUCGUUCUCUCUUCGACCUCUCAAAAAUAAAAGUCAAACAAGUUCUGUUGAACAAUUUCAAUCUCUUCUUCACUGCUUGGCCAUCUUGCUGUAGCAGCUCUGCAUGAUCGUCACUCGUAAUCAUACUGGUUGUACGUACAAGGAUUCGCCUUCUAGCAGUUUGAUUUAUCAUUAUUUGGUUCCUGGACGUGGUCGCGCUGAUGUCAUGUGCGAGCCUCUCCUACACACAGUCGAGUCCACCAGCCUUAUGCGAGGAACUGGAGGUCAAGGGUCUUACUCAUACUGCAACACCAAUAUCACAGUCAACCACUGGGAGCUUCGAAGACGGGCUUUCCUCGUCCUCCGAUGCGCGGUUUUCGAACCAGCCAGGAUCCUGCACCAGUACGGUAUCGACGUGGUCUUUCUCGACUAAUGAAACCAGAGCCUCGCCGGUAGAGCAGCACUUGAUCACAUUUGAUACCGGGAAAGCGCUCGGAAACGCAGCGAUAAAUCGCGGACGUACCAAACAGAAAUUGCAGAACCUGCAGGUGGCCGCUUCUAGGACCUGGAAAACUAGAGAGCCACGCUUCGCGGAUGCUAGUAUAAAUGUUGCUUUGAUACUAGAAAUACUAAAUACAGACUCAAACGGGCUCGCUGGCCGCCGUAUCGAUCUUCAGCUGUACUCUUUUGCGACUCAGCAUGACUGCCUACGGUCACUCGCACGCGACCCCCGGCGCACUUCGUUCGUUAACAUUUCUCGAAAUUCAAAUCGAUACGAGAGCCGUUCUGUCAGCAGUAUCAUCACACUCGAACAAGCCCAAGCGGCCCCCAUCCCCAAUGAUCAUGGUUCGUUCUCGCCCAACUACAGACCGACUGGCACAGGAAUUUCAGAAGAACGUGUCCCAAUUCGAGAACGAGCCGCCGUUGCCGGUAAGGAAGAAAAAACAGAAGCCGGAGGGGACCGCCUUUUACCCAGCGGUAUUGGGCCACCUGAAGCCAACCGGAAGGAGAAAAUCCCUCCCCCUGCGAAGCCUGAACAAAUAACGAGACGAUAGCGACGGAAAAGGAAAUACUUGGUAAAAUACAAACCGUUGGAUAAUAUCAGCAUUUCCAUUUCGAUUUCUUUCGCAACUAGCCUCAGGCAUAAUCACACCUGGUGGAGGCAACCCGUAAGUAUCAAUCAGACGCUCUGCAUAUGCAUAUCAUUGCGGUGCAAGUUCUUCUUUCCUGCUUGAAAGCGAAAGGUGAUGCGGUACUAGCUCGUCUGAAUGUAUGAUUAUUUCUCGGUCAAGAAUUUGUUCUCCUUCUCAUUGAGUCUUCUAAAGCCAAUACGAGCGUGUUGUCACCGAACUCGGAAAACGAUCGCGUACAGACAACAAUUUCUUUGCCGAGGGCACUGCAAAAAGUUUCGAGUAAAUAGUGAAUUUGCCGCCCCGGAUGAAAGACAUCUGAGCAACUUUGUAGAAGCCGUGUACUAUGUCUCCGCUUCAACUUCGGUGAAGCGUUGGCGUCUACAUCGCAUUCUACGCCGAUUUAAAAACCUUUGAAAUGUAACACGCUCCCUCUUGUACGUAUAGUCGAAAAACGAAUGUAUAAUUAUGCUUCAUUACCUACUGCUACUUGAAGAACUUGCCAUCUUUUACUCCUAGCCUCUGUCUCUCGUUUUCGCCAUCAACCAUAUCAUCAACAUCGCAGCAAUUCUAGUUCAUUUGUUGGCUCUUGCACCCCCACUGCUACAAAAUAUGGGUGGUGAGCAGAGCAGUGCUAUGCAAAAGCAAAUGCAUCGUAGCAUCACAAAAAAUACCAAAUUUUGCCUUCGCCAUUGCCACAAAGAAAAGCAAGAAAAACAUUCGCGACGUAAACGCUGAUUGAGAACGAUACGAGGACAUCAUUUUCUUGUGAACGAUUGAGCCCGAAGAUACUGAUAGCUCGCCGAUGAAGUUUCCAAAACGAUAAAGUUAGAGACGCAAAAGGAAAAGCCGACGCGGAAAAAAAAAGCAGGAAAGCCAGAUUCUCGCC